AUGCCUUCCGCAAACGGCACCAACGGCACAACAACAUACUCCUUCCCACCGGGAAUCCAUGUCCCCUCAUUGACCUGGUUCAAGAAUGACACCAAGCAAGAGAUCGAUUGGGAUGUCCAAGGAAAGCAUUUCGAGUUCUUGAUUUCCAACGGUCUGCACGGCAUCGUCAUCGCAGGAACAAAUGGUGAAGCAGCAACAUUAUCCUCAGCCGAGAAGACGCAACUCGUCCAAACUGCUCGCAAGACGGCACAGCGCCUCGGUCGCGGAGAUCUACCCAUCACAAUUGGAGGCGUAGCAGGCUGCACGCGCGACGCGAUACAGCAGACUACUGAGGCAAAGGAAGCAGGCGCAUCAUACUACCUCGCACUGGUACCCUCCUACUUCCACUUCUCCAUGAACCAGGAUGCCAUCGUAGCCUACUUCCAAGAGCUAGCCGACGCAUCCCCCGUCCCCAUCGUCCUGUACAACUUCCCCAACGUCGUGGCCGGCCUCGACAUCAACUCCGAGAUGCUGGAUAUCCUCGGAAAGCACAAAAACAUUGUAGCCGUCAAGCUCACGUGCGGAGGCAUCGCAAAAGUUGCGAGGAUCAGUGCUGCGUUCGACAAGUCGGAGUUUGUGGCGCUGGCCGGCCAAAGCGAUUGGCUUGUACCCGCGCUGAGUGUGGGUGGAAUCGGCACCAUUACUGGUGUUGCGAACUUGUACCCCAAGUCCUGCAUACACCUGUUUAAUCUUUACCAAUCGGGUAAGCACGACGAAGCGUCAGCCCUUCAGAUCAAGCUCUCGGUCACAGAAUGGGGUUUCGGGAAGGGCGGCAUCAACGGCACCAAGUACGUCGUUGCGCAUAAGAGGGGAUACCCGGAGAGCAGCGCGGACUGCCGUAGGCCUUACCCACGAUACACAGAUGAGGAGAAGAGGAAAUGGGUCGUGAACCAGGUGUCAGGUCUUGAUGAGCUGGAAGCAUCGCUAUAG